AUGCCGUUUAUGCACGGAGCGAUGCCUCUAAGGCGAACAUAUUACUUCCUUCAACAAGGAAAAAUACACUUUCGAGACAAUGUCGCCGUUUUUGCGAUGAGUUUCCAUUUGAGACCGAAAGCCGAACAAAAAGGAGCUAGAGAUUUCAUAUUCUGGCAUUGGGCCCAAUUGCAGCACAACAAUCCGACGGUUCAGCUUGUCAAACAUAGAGACAUGGUGAUCACUCCUUUUGCAAGAGCUUAUUUAAAAGACGGACGCGAGGUUCUUUUUGACUUGGAAGGCAUGAAUCGUGAAGAAAUCGAGCAACACAUAAUCAAAACUUUGGGGAAAACGGAAUUGGUUCGAAAACGAGAGUCAUUGGAAGCUAUAGCCAAAGUGAAUCCAGCAGAUUUUGGUUCGAACUGUGGACGACAGUGCAUGUGUGAAGUACAAGGACAACAUCCGUGCACUGGUAUGAUCUAUGCGCCAAAAGUGCUCACUGGCAAAUAUCGCUGGAAUCACAAUCUUCUU